AUCCUCCCCCCCCUGCGGCGCUCGGUGGAGAGGAGUGUGCAUGCUCAGUGCUGGAGAGAGUCCGACAGCUGAGGUGAUCUGACACUCCGAGGAGGCGCAGUCAAUGAGGGACCGAGCCGAGAAGUGAACCGGUGUGCGCGCGGUCCAAAAACGCCCUCUAAGCGCGAGGGUGGCGAGGAGGGACUGAAGAGAUAAAAAUAAGAACUAAAUCCCUCCCUUGCUCUGACACAGGAAGAUAGACUGCACAUUGCAUCGCAAAGAUGGGGAACCGGGGAAUGGAGGAUUUGAUUCCUCUGGUGAACCGCAUGCAGGAUGCCUUCUCCGCCAUCGGCCAGAACGCGAACCUGGACCUGCCGCAGAUCGCCGUGGUGGGCGGCCAGAGUGCGGGGAAGAGCUCGGUGCUGGAGAACUUCGUCGGGAAGGAUUUCCUUCCCCGUGGUUCUGGCAUUGUGACUCGUCGUCCUUUGGUUCUGCAGCUGAUGAACUGCCCCACAGAAUAUGCUGAGUUCCUCCACUGUAAGGGCAAAAAGUUUCUAGAUUUUGAUGAGGUCCGGCAGGAAAUCGAGGCAGAGACUGACCGCAUCACCGGGGCCAACAAGGGCAUCUCCCCUGUGCCCAUUAACCUGCGUGUUUACUCCCCCAAUGUGUUGAACCUGACCCUGGUGGACCUGCCGGGGAUGACCAAGGUGCCAGUGGGUGACCAGCCUGCAGACAUCGAGUCCCAGAUUAGAGAAAUGCUGAUGCAGUUUGUCACCAAGGAGAACUGCCUGAUGCUGGCCGUGUCCCCAGCCAACUCUGAUCUGGCCAACUCUGAUGCUUUAAAGAUUGCCAAAGAGGUCGACCCUCAGGGUAUGAGGACCAUCGGUGUGAUCACCAAACUGGACCUGAUGGACGAGGGGACGGAUGCUAAGGAAAUUCUGGAAAAUAAGCUGCUUCCACUCAGGAGGGGUUACAUCGGCGUGGUGAACAGGAGCCAGAAGGACAUAGAUGGCAGGAAGGACAUCAAUGCUGCUAUCGCUGCUGAGAGGAAGUUCUUUCUCUCCCACCCUGCGUAUAGACACUUGGCCGACCGGAUGGGCACUCCCUACCUCCAGAAAGUCCUCAAUCAGCAACUGACCAACCACAUCCGGGACACCCUCCCGAAUCUGCGGGCCAAGCUGCAGAGUCAGCUUCUGUCCAUAGAGAAGGAGGUGGAGGAGUACAAGAACUUCAGACCUGAUGAUCCAUCUCGCAAGACCAAGGCUCUGCUCCAGAUGGUGCAGCAGUUCUCUGUGGACUUUGAGAAGUGUAUAGAGGGCUCCGGGGACCAGAUUGACACAGCUGAGCUGUCAGGUGGUGCCAGGAUCAAUCGCAUCUUCCAUGAACGCUUCCCCUUCGAACUGGUCAAGAUGGAGUUUGAUGAGAAAGAGCUCCGCAAGGAGAUCAGCUACGCCAUCAAGAACAUCCACGGAAUCAGGACGGGGCUGUUCACCCCUGACCUGGCCUUUGAGGCCAUAGUGAAAAAGCAGAUCCAAAAGCUGAAGGAGCCCACACUGAAGUGUAUAGAUAUGGUAGUGAGCGAACUCACCUCCACCAUACGAAAGUGUAGUAACAAGCUGGCUCAGUAUCCCAUGUUGCGAGAGGAGAUGGAGAGAAUCGUCACCCACCACAUCAGGGACAGAGAAAGCCGAACUAAGAACCAGGUGUUGCUGUUGAUAGACAUUGAGUUGUCCUACAUGAACACCAACCAUGAGGACUUCAUCGGAUUUGCCAACGCUCAGCAGAGGAUCAACCAAAUGAACAAGAAAAAAACGGCUGGCAACCAGGAUGAGAUCAUGGUGAUCAGGAAGGGCUGGCUGACCAUCAACAACAUUGGCAUCAUGAAGGGAGGAGCCAAGGAGUACUGGUUUGUUCUCACCGCAGAAUCUCUGUCCUGGUAUAAAGACGAUGAGGAGAAGGAGAAGAAGUACAUGCUGCAGGUGGACAACCUGAAGCUGCGCGAUGUGGAGAAAGGCUUCAUGUCCAGCAAGCACAUCUUUGCCCUCUUCAACACUGAACAGAGGAAUGUGUAUAAGGACUACCGUCAGCUGGAGCUGGCCUGUGAGACUCAGGAAGACAUUGAUGCAUGGAAGGCCUCCUUCCUCAGAGCCGGAGUUUAUCCUGAACGGGUCACGGAGAAAGAAGGAAAGAGUGAUGGCGGUGACGAAAAUGGCUCUGACAACAUAAUGCACAGCAUGGACCCUCAGCUGGAGCGGCAGGUUGAGACCAUUCGUAACCUGGUUGACUCCUACAUGGCCAUUGUCAACAAGACCGUCCGCGACUUGAUGCCAAAGACCAUCAUGCACCUCAUGAUUAACAAUACUAAGGAGUUCAUCAACGCAGAGCUGCUGGCCCAGCUGUACUCGUGCGGCGACCAGAACACGCUGAUGGAGGAGUCUCAGGAGCAAGCCAUGCACCGCGAUGAGAUGCUGCGGAUGUACCACGCCCUGCGGGAGGCCCUUAGCAUCAUUGGUGACAUCAGCACAUCCACGAUAAGCACCGCCAUGCCGCCUCCUGUGGAUGACUCCUGGCUGCAGGUGCAACGGGGUGGCUCCGGAGGAAGGUCUCCAGCCACCAGUCCAACUCCAAACCGCAGGGCUCCACCGGGACCUCCAGCCCGCCCCGGCUCUCGUGGUCCUCCACCUGGACCUCCUCCUGCAGGAGGACCCCCAGUCCCGUCUCGCCCGGGGGCUUCUCCGGACCCUUACAGCGGGCCACCACCCACCGUGCCCUCCCGGCCUAACCGUGCACCCCCAAGUGUGCCCAGAAUCACUAUCACUGACCAGUGAGGACUAACGUUUCUGUCGGAGACCCCCACCUUCUCCAACCCACUAGACCUCUGAACUCCUCCCACCCUCCUUCCAUCAGUCCGUCCCACCUCUGGAUGACAGGCCACGGACAACAGUGCCACCUUGCUGUCGUUUUCUGCCACACCCGACCUGAGCCGGUUCCCUUCUCCUGCUCCUACUUCCCCCUUACAACACACACACAAACCGUACACCCCUCUGUUUCACACAGAGAUGCAGAAUACUUGAAACACACCUGCAUGACUGACUUACAACCAUGCUGCACCCUCAGAAUUUAAAUAAACUAUGUAGAGUAUAUAAAGUCAUUGAUACAAUUUUGAGUGUAUGUGCACAUGUGCAUGCACACAUGCUUACAUAAAUACACAUAUUUAUAUAUAUGUACAAGCAGAUACAUGCAGAAUAUCUGUUCCUGCUGUUAAACCUAAGGUUGGAGACAUUUGCAAACUAAGCAUGACACUUUGCCUGAGUAUUAAUUAUACUCCAGCCUUUCUGACGGGUAUUCUGGCUGCUGACUGAUGUAUUUUUUUCUCUUAUCUCUUAGCAUUUGUUUUAUCAAAUUUUCCUCACCUUGUAUUGCCGGCCAUGCUUGAAGAAAAAAAGUGUUUGAUCAAGUGGCUUCAGAGCAGAGUUUUUAAAAAUGGUAGCUACUUUUGGAUAAAAUUACACCAAACAGUAUCAGAAUGUCCACAGUAAAUUCUUCAGGUCACUUAUUUUGGUGACAAUCAUGGAUGGAUUACUUGGAUGGAACGGGCCUACCGGGCACAGGCCCAGGGGCCCGAAGUGUUAAGGGCUCCCCUGGCCUUCACCAGCAAAAUGGCUCUCAAAUGAACACAUACCAAUCAGGAAUGACCAGAAAGAGACACAAAAAGACCACAAACAGAUUGCAAAGAGGCACAAAUUAGGCAAAACAAUGACAAAG